UCUUGUCAUGUUUACUUUAGCCUGCUUGUUUAGUUAACUAUCGAGGGGAUGGUUACACAAUGUGGUAGCGGGUGGUCGGAUGCUGCGGCACCAGCAAGAUUCUGUUUUCUUCAUAGACAGUACUGCAGAUGUGGCACAUGCUAGACAUUCAUGUAUCACCACAUCAGACAGCUGUGUCAAUUGACCACCCAAGACCUGUUCAAGUUAUCUGAAAGGUUUACCUGACGACAGGAUUUGAACCAUAUGGCAGAUAACACAUGCAGAGCAGGCAGUGACCAGUCACGUGACUCCCGUCGUUGUGACGAAAUGCACCCGCCAACAUGGUUGUUAGUUCUGCUGGUGUUGUGGACCACAUGGAUGCACACAGGCGCAGGUCUCUUGCUUGCACAAAUAUCCGCCUGCGUCAGCACUGAAGAUUUUACUUUCGCCAGAGAUUCGCCAGUUUGUCUUCGAUGUCAUCUCUUGUCUAGUGAGUGUAGCACAACCAGUGCCACAGAUGUCAUCACACUGCUGCCACAAGAUGUCAAGCUGAAUGACACACACGUGGAUGUCAAUAGAACUGACAACUGCUCUGUCGUGGUCACGGUGAAUGAGUUUCCCACGGCGCGAUCUAAUUGGUUGUUUGAAUGUCGUAAAAAUGGCACCAGUCUUGUUAAUCAGAAUGUUAUAUUAGUCGACAGACCAGCCCCACCAGACGUACGGUACGUUUUUGUCGCUCCUACCCUGGACCUGCUGGUCGUGAUAGAACGGGAGCCACACAAGGACUACACGGAUGUGUUGAUGGUGGAGAUGGUUGGGAGGGGCGGACAUGUCACUCACCUAUGUCAGAUGACCUGCUCCACACGCCUGUGCUAUUGCAUGACCUCUGGUCAAGCUGAGUUGGUCAAUGUUGCUGACGUCACAAUCAGACUUGAACUGUUUCGACCGUCACUGAGCAGACGUGUGUACCACCUUGAGACCAAUCGAACUCUCAACCUCACAGUUGUCCCAUCCCGCGUGGUGAAUUUGACCUUGACCGAUGUGUCUGAUAGCGAGGCCACGGUCACGUUUGGGGUGGACAAGGAUACGGAUAAGCUCGUUGAAACGUUGGCUGGGUACGGAGUUCCGCUCACCUAUAGAAUAGUGCUGGAAAACAUGAGCGAUCGUGGGAAAUCUGUACAGCUGAAGAUCACGAAGACUCACCCUGGAACACUGACCGUAGUCAGACUCCAACACCUGACAGCAUUCACUGACUACAGAGUUGUUGUGACAGGUGUGGCCGCGGGAGGGGGUGGGAUGACCAGCACCCUCCACUUUACGACCAGCAAGGCAGUUCCAGCAUCGCCACCCAAACUGGACGUGUUCAACCACAUGUGGAUGUGGAGCAACCACAGUCGACAGGGACAGGUUUCACUUUGGAUCUUGUGGCAGCCUUUACCACAAUCCGCUAUUGGGGGCAGCAACAUUUCUUACGUCAUUAGCUUCAACAACGAGGCACCCAUUACUACAAAUAAUAGUCACGUUCGCAAAGUGUUCGAACACUUGCCAAAUAAACCACUCACAUUCCGAAUCUGGUCAGCUAAUGAAAUAGGAAAAUCUCUAAAUUUUACUGAAAUAACCUUACACACUACAAAAGGGGCGUCGCCAGCCAGGAUGGUAGUAAACUAUUUGGACACCCAGACAAUGGUCGCACACUUGCGACUGAGGGGUCAAAGAAAUCUGACCAAAGUUGCCAUCCUCUGGUGCAACAGAGGAGGCUUUAGGGGACUUUUAUGUUCGGAUUAUACCAGAACAUCUAUAACAGAAACGAAGCGGACAAAUUUGGACACUAAUUUUUUGGUGAAUGUUUCUCGGAAUGAAAGCAGUGGUGUAUACAAGGGACAAAACCCUGUUUAUGUUGACUGGCAGGAAAUUGAUGUAAACAAUCAAGGUGUUAUCGCCCCUGUAUCAAACAGUGCUCGUGUAGAAAGCGUCACAGAGGAAGAUGUGUUCGACUGUGCCCAGUAUGUUGAAGCCUCAUGUCUCCACACAUGGACACGCCUCUGCUUGUGUAUGUUCCUGGGUGGUCAGUCAGAGGUCACUGACCUGCGGCAAGUAAACAUGGCGCCAAGUUCUAGAACGGACAGCAGCUCAGUGAGAACGGGCACGAGUAAUCUCAAUGUGUUCUUUUCACUGCUGGUAGACGGCAGGUGGACGGGGAUGAUACCAUCAGAAUGUUAUUUUACAAGUUAUCCAGCCGUGCACCGAGCUAUCUUGAACAUCACCCAACAUGUAGAGAACAGCAGACAUGUUUUCAAAAUUAAACAAGAAUGCGAGACAAGUAACCCAACACAGUUUCUUGCUGAAUAUUUUACCGUAUAUUCAACAACUGACAUGCACUGUAGAGUAACAAAGGUCAUGACCCAGAAGGUCAUCCAUGACGUGUUUGCUGUUGCUGACGUUGAGGUUGAGGUUCCGGGUGAUGUCCCUUAUGUCUGUGUUAGGGCUGUUGGCAGCAGUGAGAAGGUUCAGUCAGAUGUCAAGGUCAUCCAUGUAGAUGGGUACAAAGAUGAUCUAAAUAAUGAUCGAACUAAUAAAAGUGUAAUCAUUGUAUCAGCUGUAUCGAUUACCGUCUUGCUUUUGAUCGCAGCUCCUGUCUUAUGGUUUGCACGAAGAUUUCAAAAACGUGGCCAGUUCUACAAGGUGUUGGCGACACAGAGCAGAAAGAUCACAGCAGUUUCCAGAGAUGUCAAGAAACAUCAACAGCCUGAUAAAUCUAAGGACGGCGACCAGUGGUCAGCUUAUUACAGGGACUCAACUCUUUGUAUCUUGCCACUACAAAAUGUUGAUGCUCCACACCAAAUAUGCCAAGACUCCAGCAGAUUCUGCACGACGGGCUCCAAUGACUCGACCAAACCUGACAUCAAAGACCCAAUGGUACCCCACAACAGUGUCUUGACAAAUAGUUUGACAGAAGGCUCUAACGUUGAAGCAUUGUCUGAAUUCGGAGGCGUUGGUCACAAAAAGGCACAAAAAAUCUCAGGCCAGGAGUUCAGUGACCUCAACAAUGACACCGAGGCGAGUCACCAGCUUGACAUGCAAGGACCUGUCACUACCAACUGUGCGACAUUAGGAAGUGACACUGACACAUGGGUGACACCAACACCUGUCACUGCCAACUGUUACAGUAGUGACGGGGUUUACCAGAGCACGAGCGGUUGUUUAAAUAGUCUGGAGUCGUCGGGUCAAAGUUCAUAUUUACUUGACCUCUACGCAGAGAACGGUCUGACAUGUCGUUACCAUGACGACAGCGAGGGAGAUGAAAGCAGCGUAUGAUACGUAUUGUAGCAAGGUCUUUCAGGAAGUGCUACCUGUCUACUCGAUUGUCUCAGGAGGGGCUACCUGUCUACUCCAUUGUCAGGAACGGCUACCUGUCUACUCCAUUCUGUCAGGAGGGGCUACCUGUCUACUCUAUUCUGUCAGGAGGGGCUACCUGUCUACUCAAUUAUCAGGAGGGGCUACCUGUCUACCUUCAGGAACUGCUACCUGUCUACUCCAUUACAAUGUGAGAUCUCUACACAGACAUCUUGUAUUAGGAGGGUAUUCAUAAAAGGUGUCAUACACCUCAUAUAAAAUGGUUCAAAUUUGUGACAAGUUACCUGUGUGUGUGGGUGAGGCGCUAGUAAGAAUGACGUAGCAUUUUAUUUCUAAAGACAAAAGUAAAGGUUAGAAGUAGAUUACAUCUAAAAACUUUUACAAAUGUUUGCUUUUUUAAAUAUAAAAGUUAAAGAACAUCUGUAUUGCAAAAAAACAUUAUAGAUUAAAAUCAUUGGUAAAACAUUUUUUCCACGAAAUAAAACACAAUUUAAGCGUAUGAGUACAGAA